AUGACGGUGGAGCUGUACGUCGUGCUGUCCAACAAGAGCGGACGGCAGAACCUCGGCACGUAUCUACGCACUGCGUCUGCCUUUGGGACGACCCAAGUUGUGGUCGUGGGCGCCGAACGCUUUGGCACUCACGGAGCGCACCGAGCGCAAAAGUAUGUUGACGUCGUAAACUUCUACGACUUUGCCGAGGCUCGUGAGUACUUGAAGGCUAGACGCUGCACCAUUUUUGGCCUGAGCAAGCAGCCGACCGGAUCCAUUGGGGCACACGUCAUGCCGUAUGAAGGGACCAGUGCCUUCGUCGUCGAUAACGAGUUUCCUGGACUUUCAGAGGAACAGCGCGCUAUUUGCGACCACUUUGUCCACGUUCCUUUUCAUGGCGAGCAGACACAAGCUUCCAGCGGGCUCGUUCUGGACACCACUGUCGUUACAGCGAUCACGUUGCACCACUUCACUACGCUCGCGCAGUUUCCGGUCCGUGCAAUGGAGACCACGAGUACGCAGGGCAAGUUCGUGCUGGAUGCGUACCCGGCGUUUGAUCCGGCGGACAAUAAGCGCGGAGAAGAAAAGGCGGCGAUGCGCGAAGCGAAACGCGCCAACGCUGGUGACGGUCUGUCCGAGGGAGACGGACUCGGUGGCAUGUUUGCGUAG